AUGGAAGCACCUCCAUCAAUUGCAAUUAUCGGCGGCGGACCAAGCGGCUUAGUCCUUGCUCGGCUACUGGAAGUUAAUGGUAUUACGGACUAUGUCGUCUUCGAGCGAAACAAAUCCUCAACACCAGGCCCGAACGAACAGGGUGGAACUCUGGACCUGCACAAAGACUCUGGCCAAGAAGCCCUCAGACGAGCGGGCUUGUUCGACAAGUUCAGCAGCGAGCUGGCGCGCUGGGAUGCUGCCUGUUUCCGUCUCCUCGACCAAACUGGAGAGACAAUCAUCAACUUCAGUGAUGUAGGGGACCGUCCUGAGAUCGAUCGCUUGCAACUUCGCCAUCUUCUGCUCCAAUCGAUUCCUCCACACAAAAUUCGCUGGGGACAUAGUGUCGAAUCCGUCGAGAGAGGAGGGAGUAAGGAGGAGACUGUUGGUGAUCAUGGAUGCAUCAUUCACUUCAAAAAUGGUUCCUCUGCUACUGGGUUCCGACUUGUUGUCGGUGCUGAUGGUACAUGGAGCAAGGUCCGCCCUCUGCUCACAUCCGCAAAGCCAAAGUACUCCGGCAAACUCUACAUCGAGGGUAGAAUCUCACACAACAAUCCGAGCUACGCCGUCGCCCAUGAGUUAGUCGGACCUGGAAACAUGCUUGUGUUAGGCGAACAGAAGAUGAUAGCGGUGCAACAGCUAUCCGAUGGGCAUUAUCGGGUUUACUUUGGGCUGGUCGCACCUGAAGAUUUCUAUCACAAGAGCUCUGUCAACGCCCAUCCCAGCGAAACCACCGAGACAAUACGUUCCCGUCUUCUGUCUUCCAAUGAGUUCUUUGAACAGUGGACACCUCGCGUGAAGGGAUUUGUGGAAAAUGCAGAAGGUCCAUUCCGUUCUUGGCCAUUGUAUUUCAUCGACCCCGAAGAAGUUGGCUGGGAUCGCUCUGUGGCUCCUGGUGUUACAUUGUUAGGGGAUGCUGCUCAUGCCUCUAGUCCCUUCGUUGGCGAGGGUGUCAAUUGUAGCAUGUACGAUGCAGUUGUGUUAACUGAGAGUCUUGUACGUCACUGCGGGAAAAACACCGCAUUGGCAAACGUGGAGGAGGUAGAGCUCGAAGCUGCACUGGCAAUGUACGAAAAGGAUAUGUUUACCCGUGGUCAAGAUUUGAUUCGGCGUAGCGAUGAGAGUGGCAGAAUGCUGUUUUCGGGCAAUUCUGGUCCUCGCAUUCUUCAAAUGUUUAACGGUGAUAUUGAGAGUGAGUGUGUCAAGUUUGAAAUUCAUGAGAAGGCACAGGAAGAUGAGAAUAUAGUUCAUUGA